CUUUCUCUAACCCCUCGACCAGCUCGUACAGCGCCAAACCACCCCCGUCAAAAUGGCCCCUUCCAACCUCCCCGCCAUCUUCAACCCCACCCAGCAGGACAUUGAGAUGCUCCUCGCUGCUCAAUGCCACCUCGGCAGCAAGAACCUCCAGGUGCACAUGGAGCCUUACCUGUGGAAGACCAGGCCUGACGGUGUCAACGUCCUCAACAUUGGCAAGACCUGGGAGAAGAUUGUGCUCGCUGCCCGCAUCAUUGUCGCCAUCGACAACCCAGCUGACGUCUGUGUCAUUUCUGCCCGUCCCUACGGACAGCGUGCGGUGCUCAAGUUCGCCGCCCACACUGGUGCUACCGCCAUCGCUGGUCGUUUCACCCCCGGUAACUUCACCAACUACAUCACUCGCUCUUUCCGCGAGCCCCGCCUGAUUGUCGUUACCGACCCCCGCACCGACGCCCAGGCUAUUAAGGAGGCUUCCUACGUCAACAUCCCCGUCAUUGCCCUCUGCGACGGUGACUCUCCCACCGAGUACGUCGAUGUUGCCAUCCCCACCAACAACAAGGGUCGCCACGCCAUUGGUCUCGUCUGGUGGAUGCUUGCCCGUGAGGUCCUCCGCCUCCGCGGCACCCUCGCCAACCGCGAGACUGAGUGGGAUGUCAUGACUGACUUGUACUUCUACCGCGACCCCGAGGCUGAGGAGAACAAGGACAGCGCUGGUGUUGAGGAGGCCAAGGUCCCCGGUGCUGACGAGGUCGGCCCUGGCGCCGUUGCUGACGGAUUCACCAGCGAGUGGGAGGUCUCUGGCGCAUCUGCCGGUGCCUUCACUGCCCAGGCUGCUGCCGCAGGCACCAGCUGGGACGCUGACACUGCCGACUGGGCUGCCUCUGGUGAGGCCCAGACUGGCGCCGAGGGCUGGGGUGCCGAGACUGCUGCUCCUGCUACCACUACCCAGUGGUAGAUGUCGUGUUGAGCAUGUUUGUGCAUUCUUCUCUUACAUACCCUGUCUUUGACACACACCACGGCAUGUCGGCGUAGGCGUAGGCAACGGGAAAGAAAAAAAAAGGAAAAUAUGAGACCAACAUUUGACAACGACUCGAGAGAGCAAAUGCAUGCUUUUGAAGGGACAACAAGGCGUGUUGAGGGAUAUGAUGAAUGCUAUGCGCUUAUGAGGGAAAGAUAUCCAUACUUGUCACGCGGGUAUGGGGGAAAGCCCUGUGCUGGCCAUCGGCCGUACUUGACUGGCGGCCAGUCCUUCAAUGCGAACCUUGUCCC